AUGGAUCCACCCCCUCAACCUUUAAGUGUAUUGCCCAAUAUUGAACAAAAGCACAUUGAUCAAAAACAAGAAGACAUGUUCAGUAUUGAGCAAGAAUACUUUGAGCAAGGAGAAGAAGACAUGAAUCAAUUCAAUCUCUCAGCGGGCAUAGAAGAAAUUGACUCACCAUGGGCAAAACAUCCUCAAGAAUUGUUAGCCACUGAACCAACGAUAUUUUAUUUUGUACCAAAUUCUAUCGCUAUGUAUGAUAUAGACAUAAACUAUGAAGACUUUCAACAGUAUAUACCAGAAGAAAAAGCUUAG